UGGCGGUGAUUGGGACCGAGGAGGCGGCACCUUAGCUGGGGACAGGGCUUCUGCAGGACUCCUUGGAAAGCCCAUGGAGGCGGCGGCGGGCGGAGGCUGUGGCUCUGGGCCGCCCUUGCUACUGAGCGAAGGCGAGCAGCAGUGUUACUCCGAGCUGUUCGCGCGCUGCACCGGCGUCGCUAGUGGCGGCUCCCUGCCCGGGCCCCCUGAGGCAGCCAGGGGCGCCCCGGGAGCGGCCAAUGCGGCCACGGGUCCGGUAGCCGAUCUGUUCCGGGCGUCCCAGUUGCCCUCGGAGACACUGCACCAGAUCACAGAACUGUGUGGUGCGAAGCGAGUUGGUUAUUUUGGUCCAACACAAUUUUACAUUGCCCUGAAAUUGAUUGCUGCAGCACAGUCUGGCCUCCCUGUGCGGAUAGACAGUAUUAAAUGUGAAUUGCCUCUGCCUCGUUUUAUGAUGUCCAAGAAUGAUGGUGAGAUACGAUUUGGGAAUCCAACUGAGCUUCAUGGAACUAAGGUUCAGAUUCCAUAUUUAACUGCGGAAAAACUUUCCUUCAAAAGAAUGGAUGAGGAGGAGAAACAGCAGGAAACACAGUCUCCCACGAUGUCACCUCUUGCCUCCCCUCCUUCUUCCCCGCCUCAUUACCAGAGGGUGCCCUUGAGCCAUGGCUACAGCAAACUGCGGAGCAGCACUGAGCAGAUGCAUCCAGCUCCCUAUGAAGCAAGACAGUCCCUUGUCCAACCUGAGGGGUCAUCAUCAGGAGCCAAACCAGUUCGGCAUCAGGCUUCUCUUAUCCGAUCUUUUUCAGUGGAGAGGGAACUACAGGACAACAGUAAUUACCCGGAUGAACCCUGGAGAAUAACAGAAGAACAGCGGGAAUACUAUGUCAAUCAGUUCCGAUCCCUUCAGCCAGAUCCCAGUUCCUUCAUUUCAGGAUCUGUGGCCAAGAACUUCUUCACCAAAUCAAAGCUUUCCAUUCCAGAACUCUCUUAUAUAUGGGAACUCAGUGAUGCUGAUUGUGACGGAGCCCUGACUCUGCCAGAGUUCUGUGCUGCAUUCCAUCUCAUUGUGGCUCGGAAGAACGGCUACCCACUGCCUGAGGGCCUGCCUCCAACGUUGCAGCCAGAAUACCUGCAAGCAGCUUUUCCUAAGUCCAAGUGGGAGUGUGCUUUGUUUGAUUCUUAUUCGGAGUCAGUGCCGGCAAACCAACAACCCCGUGACUUGAAUCGGAUGGAGAAGAUGUCUGUUAAAGAUGUGGCCGACUUUCCUGGCUCUGCCCAAGAUACGACUGGUGAUGACAAACAAGCUUUGAAAAGUGCCAUCAAUGAAGCCUUACCAAAGGACCUGUCUGAGGAUCCAGCAACUUCUAAGGAUUCCAACAGUCUGAAAGGAAGACCAAGAUCCAGAUCUUACUCUAGCACCUCCAUAGAAGAGGCCAUGAAAAGGGGUGAGGACCCACCCACCCCGCCACCGCGGCCACAGAAAACCCAUUCCAGAGCCUCCUCCUUGGAUCUGAAUAAAGUCUUCCAGCCCACUGAGCCAGCUACUAAGUCGGGAUUGCUCCCUCCACCACCUGCUCUCCCUCCAAGACCUUGUCCAUCACAGAUUUCCCAGCACAAUGUAAACACUGAGCACAGCACUCAGCCCAAGCCUCCAUCUCAGCUGCCUAACUAUGGUGAUGUCCGACGACAGGAACAGUCUGAACAAGUGUCCGAUGCUGAGUUACUUACACAGAUGAACAGAACUCCUUCCCAGGCUGCAGAGGGUAGUCCAGCAAAGAAGGAUGUGCCAUAUUCUCAGCCUCCCUCAAAGCCUAUUCGUAGGAAAUUCAGGCCUGAAAACCAAUCUACAGAAAGUCAAGAGCCUUCCACCGCUGUAGGUGGGCCAGCUCCUGUAACAACCAUGAAGCCCCAUCCUACAGUUCAAAAGCAGUCUUCCAAGCAGAAGAAGGCAAUUCAAACGGCUAUCCGUAAAAACAAAGAGGCAAAUGCAGUCCUGGCCCGGUUAAACAGUGAGCUCCAACAGCAACUCAAGGAAGUUCAUCAAGAACGGAUUGCAUUGGAAAACCAAUUGGAACAACUUCGUCCAGUCACUGUGUUGUGACCCCCAAUGUUCAAGUAACAGCACGUGACCUUGUCUGCCAAGAUAUUUCUUUUGAAUGUUUGAGCCAGCUACUCAUCAUAGAUGUCAGACUGUGUCAUUAGUUGUAAGCAACAUAACAAAAUCUGUAUCACCUUUCUCUUAUACAUCUUACUGUGGUGGAACAAAUACGAAUUAUCACACUUAAAAUUGUAAUUGUCAGUGGACUUUCGUUCCCAUUCUUCAGUGCUUUCUCAAAGUAUUGGAUGCUGCUCCUUACCAAUAAUCAGUCUUCUGGCAAAUAAUUUAGAGCAUUAUUUAUUUAAAGAAUUUAUGAUUUUUACAAAACCUUAUAACCAAGUACCUUCAGGAUGCUUGUUUUAUUUUUGUAUGUAUAUCACAUACAAUAGGUUGGUUUCCUGAAUAAUUGGGAUUCCAACUGGAUAGUCUUUGGCAUGAAAACCGAAACAAAAACUAAAAGAAAAUGAAAGCAUCAAAUUUAGACUGGCGUGGUGCCCUCCACCACGACAUGCCAAAAAUUGCUACUCCAGUGCCAUUUUGAUCUCAUAUCUAGCUAUAAAUAAUACAUGACUAGUGUUCCGUAGUGAAUGUCAAAGACUUAUUGGAUCUUUACACCUCUGUGAAGUAGAGAUUUUGGCAAUAAGCUAUUUAACUUGGCCAAUCGAAGCCAUCAACCCAGAAAACUUAGUCCUUUCAUCUAAAUUUUGGGCAAGAGCAAUCUAUCUUAACUGCCUCAUCUGAUCAAAUUAAAUAAACACUUGAGAUAUCUCUACUUUUAUCUUGCAUGGGAUAGCAUACUUAUACAUGCAUGAGUUGGCAAAUCAUCCAUCAAUAUGAAAAGAUGGGUUGAUAAAUAUUUGUUGUUUGAACCCAGGAAUCCAGACUAGGAAGAAAAAGGAAAUGGUUGCCAAGUUAUUUUCAUCUUUAUCGUAUCCUAGAUUAUGUAUCUUUUGGGUAUGCAGAAACAGUGAAGGCAAGUGGUCCUCACAUUAGCUUUAUGACUAUUUUGUUCUUUGUGAAGAGUACCCUUGGGAAGUAAUGGCUUAUAUACAGUUCACAGGAGCUCACCUAACUGGUGUAGGUGAUGUAAAGCAAGUUCCAAAUGCAGAAUCUAGGAUCCUAUAGAAAUUUAAGUAGCUGCUGCUGCUUUUGAAAGCCCAAGCUGAAAAUGGGCAUUGACUGACUCUACCAGGUUACAGACUUAUGGGUCACUAAGCCUCAUCUCGCAUGCCAGAUUUAACAUUGCACUGAUGAGGCUAACAGCAAGACAAACUGACUUUGGUGCAUUUUUACCAAUUUACCUAUUCUUUGCAUAGUGGGAUGGAGGAUACUUAGAGCCCUUUGUGAAAUGCUUUUGAAUGGUUUUGUAAUAUGUGAGAUUAAGCUAUUGAUAAGAACUGAGAAAUUUUGGAAAAAGCAGACAUUUAUUUAAUGCUUCCUUGUUCCAUUGGCAAGUUUUAUCAAUAGCUGAACAGCAGAAGAAAAGGCUCAAACAGAUGACAUUUUUCCAAAGAAAAACAAAUUGUUGAAUCUCUUCCAUGCAUAUUUAAGGUUUUCAACUGAUCUGAUUUUGAAAGUCAUGAAAUAUGAACCUUCUUUAUUUCCUUUCCUUUUCUUCUUUGGCUGCCUUUUAUGUUGUUGUAGAGAAAGAAUAGGAGUAAAUUUAAACCCUUACUGAGAUUGUGAAUGGGUCAGUAUAGUUUUAGGUAAGCUAGUUUUCCUUUUGCUGAGAUCUAGGGGCUGCGACUAUUUUUUAAAAUCACCAGUGUUUAUAUUGCAGAUGUUGUACAGCAUGUUUUGCAUUUGGUACAUUCGAGCCAGGAAAGACUAACAUAUGCACAGAAUCUUCCAGUAUGUGUGCACUUACUCAGGAGAGCACUUCAUAUCUACCAACCAGACAUAUGACCUAAGGAAUGUUAGCCUAUACUAUGCAUUUAAAAAAUAUUAACAUGUUGUUUCCCCUGUGCAGUCAAUUAUAGAGUGAGCCAAGUUAGGAGGUUGGAGUUUUGUUUAGUUGGCUUCUUCCUUUGCAUUGAAGGAAAAAUCUUGCCAUGGACAAAGCCCUCCAAGUUUUAUAGUCUCACCAAAAAUGUUGUGUGCAUGCGGUCUUGGCUACACAGCAUACAUUCAAGUGCUAUAAUACCUAGCCCCAUUGUCUUCUCAUCGCCAGUAUUUAAGAUAGGCAUUGCAUUCAAGAACACAUCAAUAAUACAUAUGCCUAGCAUUCUUAGUUGGCCCUAAUGUUGUCCAGUUUAUUAGUUGCUUCCAAGUAGAUAUUUUUACAAGAAUGAGAUAUUUGUGUGUAUAUACUGAGAAACACAUACACAUUGCAACUAUGGUUACCUUACUCUAGUACUCAUCCUCUAUUUCUGUUUUCUUCUGGAUGUGCACUUUUAAUUUAGGGUUAUAAUACCUGAUAAUGUUUCUCUGAGCUUUGCAUGUGAUUUUUUAGAAGGCUGGUGCAUUGAAAUCACCAUUUUACCUCUGAUAAACCGCUCCAAGAUUAGACUUGCUUAUUAGGCAGAAAUCUAUUGAUAGGAGGGUUAUUACUGUCCCCACUCAUGGGGGUUUAAUUACUUUGUUAUGUAGUGGUCUUUCUCCAUUUGGAUCCUCGAGUCCCCCAGAUGAAAGCAGAAUAAGAGGUAACAUUGGGCUUUAAAGAUCCUUUGGUUUCUCUCCCUUCCUUCCCUCCUCACUUCUCUUUCGCACUAACUUACAUUAGUAUACAGGGAGGAAUUUUAUUAUUUCAUUGUUAUAUUCUUCACACGUUUACAAUAUAGUCCAGUCUUACCUUCAGCGUCUCUUGUAUGUGGCAUACUGCUCUUGGCCACUUUCUAUUUGCAGACAUGAAGCAAAACCAAAUAGUAGAUACCUGGGAUGGAUGUGUUAUGUCAUAAUCAAGGCAGAUUAUUGCCUUAGUUGAAAGGAUCUAAUUACUCUACAGAUAUUAGACUAGUGCUUGGAGACUAAUUGGGAGAGGAGUCAGCUUCGCUGGAAGGCGUGGCUAUCUUCUUAACCCUUUGAAAUGUCAGAGCCCAGCUUGGCUGUGCUCCUCUCCUAUCAUUUGCAUGUGGGGAAAGCAAGAUCCCAAGAAUUAGGAGUUCCUGGCCUAAGAAUUCUUGGUGUUGGGAUGUCAGCCUGGUUCCUUCUACCAAAACUAAUAUUAGAUUAGGUUUGUAAAAAAAAAUUUUACUAUUGAGUUUUGUUGACUUUAUUAGUCUUUAAAUAUGAAGACAUGUUUUAAAGAUAUUUAGAUGCAGACAUUUCCCUUGGAGUGGAGUAAAAUAAUAAAAUCUUAAGGAAAAGAAUAUUACUAAAUGAUUUCUUCCUGAACACUUUACUUAUCAUGAUGCAAUAAGUUACUCUUAAUUUCUUGGCAGCACCUUUGACAGCUGUGUCUUUGAACAGAUUCCAUUCCCGUAUUCCUUAUGGGAGUUUGUUUUAAAGACUACUGUGAUUGAAAUGAACUCAAUAUGUAGUAAGUUAUAGCUUUUAUUCAAUAUAGCUUUGGUUGCAAAUGUUUAAUUUUAACAUAUGUUGAAUUUUUUAAACCAAUAACUGAACUAUCACAAACCUUUUUAUAUUUAGAUGUGACUUAAUUUUAUAGUCUGUGUCUUGAAUGACUUCACAGUCAUGAUAAUAAGGGAUUUGUAAGUAGACAGUUGAUAAGCUGUCUGGAAUUGAUGUAUUUCUUGAAAGACAUUUGUACAUGUCUUCUUCUAAGCAAUAAUUGGGGAGAACUCAGUUACAUUAUUAACACCUUAGAAUUAAAACCAUUUGUUCAACACAAACUACAGUCACAUCUUCUUAUCAUCAAGGAGAUGUGUUUUAAAAAUACAUUUAUUUAAAAAGGAACUCAAGAUAUUGUAAUAACCAGAUCCUUCCAUGUUACUGACAAGUAGGCCCAUUAUCUUGUGGUUGGAACAUUAUGAAUGUGAACAAAAUCAUCAUGGUUAAGGAGGUCUUCCUUCCUUCCCAUUUAAUUAAGUAGAACACUAGUGAUUUUGAUUUUGAUUUCUCUUAACUAGUUUGCUUGUUUAAAGUGUGCGCUUUAAAAAUUCAGAGUUGAAAGGACCAGCUGAAUUUAGACUUUAGUUAUGGGUGCUUUGUUAUGGAUUUUUGCAUCAUUUUGCAGUGUUGUCCAGGUUCCUAGUAAGAAGUGAGGAUCUGGGUUUGUAGCAUCUUCAGCCCACAUAUCUGGCUUUUCUUUCAGCACAGGCAAGGGAGGCUGCCCACCAACACUGACAGAUUAGUCACUGGUGGCGAUUUGGAUGAGGAGUACUCUGUGGGCCACCCUGCCUUGUUUGUGAUGAGAAAUGCAUCUAGUUGUGUGGAUCUCCCAGGAGCAGCAGCCAUGGAGGGCCAGACUCUGAAAGCAAUGCAGACAGAUUCUAAGAGCUGCUGCCUAGCCCCGAAACAGACUUUGAAAAGCUGUCAUGCAAGUAUGGCGCGAGGCAGACAUUUUGUUAGUGCAAGCAAGAUGGCGCAGGUCUACAGUGACUUUUAGGGAAGUGUGAUUGUUUUCUGAAUUUAGUAAACACUAAAUGACGGUAAAGGAACCCUCUCUAGGAAGCACUGCAGGCAGGGGCUCAGUGGAUAGGCCUUGCUCUGGUUACAGAAGCUUAGCUUUGCCCUCAACAAUUGGAGAAUGCUUAUUUUUGACACCUUGUGGACUGUCCUAUCUUGUUUCAAGCUAAUUCCCUGGCUGUAGGAGGUUGAAUAAAGUAGGUAUAUGACUCUGAAGAUCAGAGAAUAGCAUACUUCAAUAGGACUGAACCUGGAAUUUAGAAUCUACAGUAAGGAGACCUUCAGGUGCCAGUUCCAUCUAACUCUUUGGGAUAGUAGCCUAAGAUCCUAAAGCUCCUUUAGGGAGCUCUGCCCUGAGACUGAACACAAUAACCCAAUUGCAUGCAGCUUUGAUCAACGAAGUGUGUUAUUUUUAUUGUUGACUUACGUGACAGCUUCAAAUGCACCCAGCUUGGGAGCCAAGCAUAUCCUCUUCUUUAGCACUGCCAUUCUUUUUGGCUCAAAUAUGCUACUUAAGUGAGCCAGAGACAAAAAGAGCCAUUUUAGUCUUCAUAAGUAUUGGCCAAAAGUGAUAAUGAGCUGUCUAUUUUAACCUUGAUAGUAAAAAUGUAUAUUAUAUUUUUUCACAACAGGUACAUGGGACAGUAAAAAUUGUAACAGCAAAGUAUAUAUUUGAUGCCUUCUGUCUUUUCAUGAUAAUGUACUAAGAAGUUGUGUUAAUAUUUUACUCAGCCAGAGUCUCAUUCAUUUAUUAAGCAUUAGGAACAUUAUGCAUAUUUACCUUAAACCUAAAUAAAUCCUGAGACUGUCCUAUAUUUGAAUUGUGAUUUGUAGACUCAAGUUAAUUUUCCUGCCUCUGUUUCACACUUGUUGAAAAAUCUGUGAAGAACAGUAAGAUAAGAAUCUCCAACUUGGAAAAAUGUACAUGAUGUGAAACUGAGGUGCUGUGUUAAAAAUAAACCUAAGUUACCUAAGUGGC